AUGGCGCACGUUACCCAGCUUCCAGUUGACGGAGACGGAAUGUGCAUGAUGUGCAAGGAACAGGUGAUGGAAGGGGAGAUGCUCACGUGCAAGACGUGCUUCUCGCCGUGGCACGCCCGAUGCCUCGCUGUCCGGCCUGAAACCCUAGCCUCGACGAUCGAUUGGGAGUGCCCGGAUUGUUCAAGUGCAAUGCAUGUCGAAGGAGACGGUGGCGCUCCCGUGGCUCCGCUCGGGGCCUCCGGCGAACUUAUCGCCUCGAUACGUGCAAUCGAGGCCGAUACGACUCUCACGGAACGAGAGAAGGCCAGCAAGCGUCAGAGGCUUCUGAGCGGAACAGCUCAGAAUGAGUUGUGCGAUGACGAGGGAGAAAUGUCGAAGAGAAAGGGGAAAAAGAAGGUUGAAGACGGGAGUGAAGUGCUUGAACUGGUUGGAAAAGCCUUGAACUGCUCGUUCUGUAUUCAGUUGCCGGAGAGGCCAGUGACGACACCAUGUGGUCACAAUUUUUGCUUAAAAUGCUUUAAAAAGUGGAUCAGUCAAGGGAAGAACACUUGUGCGAAGUGCCGCGCCGUUAUUCCCCAUGAAAUGGCAAAUCAACCAAGGAUCAACUCCGGGCUCGUUCUUGCCAUCAGAAUGGCCAAACUAUCAAAAACCAAUGUUUCCAUGGAUCCUGACAAAAUUCAGUAUUUUAUUCACAACCAAAACCGACCUGAUAAGGCAUAUGCUACAGAGAAAGCGAAGAAAGCUGGGAAGGCCAAUGCUGCAAGUGGCAGAAUAUUUGUAACUACCCCAGCUGAUCAUUUUGGACCAAUCCUUGCUGAAAAUGAUCCAGAGAGGAGACAAGGCGUGUUGGUCGGAGAGUGGUGGUCCGACCGAAUGGAAUGUAGACAAUGGGGCGUUCACCUCCCGCAUGUGGCUGGGAUAUGUGGGCAGUCCAAAUAUGGGGCACAAUCGGUAGUUGUAUCCGGAGGCUACGAGGAUGAUGAAGAUAAUGGAGACUGGUUCCUCUAUACAGGAAGUGGUGGAAGAGAUCUUACUGGAAAUAAACGUACAAAUAAAAAACAAUCAUUUGAUCAGAAAUUUGCGAAAUCAAAUGAAGCGUUACGGGUUAGCUGUGAAAAAGGCUACCCUGUCCAAGUUGUUAGAUCUUAUAAAGACAAGCGUUCUUCCUAUGCCCCAGAGAAAGGAUACCGAUAUGAUGGAAUCUACAGGAUAGAGAAAUGCUGGCGAAAAGUUGGAAAACAGGGCUUCUUGGUUUGCAGAUACCUACUCGUUAGAUGUGAUAACUCUCCUGCGCCAUGGACUAGUGAUGAGCAUGAUGACAAGGUUAAAGCAUUGCCGGUCAUUUCUGAACUAAAUAACGCAAUUGAUAUUACUGACAGAUAUGACGGUCCAUCGUGGGAUUAUGAUGUGAAAGAAGGUCACUGGACGUGGAAAAAACCACCACCAAAAAGCAAUAAAAAGUUAACUUUAAUAGAUCCUACGCGUGAAACGCAAGAAAGAACGAUCAUAAGAAAAGCUCAAACUACAUCCCUAAAGGAGCGUGUUCUAAAAGAACUUGGGUGCUUUCUCUGUGCAAAUGUGAUGAAGCAACCUCUUACAACACCUUGCGGACACAACUUCUGCAAAUCCUGUUUGGAAGCUGCCUUUGCAGGGCAUACUUUUGUGAAAGAGAGAAAAUGUCUGGGCGGACGUACCCUUCGCUCCCAAAAGAACGUCAUGAAGUGCCCUUGUUGUGCAACCGACGUAUCUGAAUUCCUUGUGAAUCCUCAGGUGAACAGGGAACUAAUGGAGUUAAUUGAAGGACUCCAACAAAAGACACAAGAAGAGGGUGAGGAUAAUGUUAAGGAGUCUGGUGAAGGGGAAUCUGAUCUAAUGCCAAGAAGUCCAGAUUUUUCACCUGCCAUGGAGGAAGAAGAUGAUGAGAACAAACUCAAGCGGAAGAGAAAUGAUGCCAGUGCUUCCACUGAACAACAAAAGCAUGGUGAUGCUGCUGGGCAUGAUAACGUAAAAGAUGAAGCAGCUGAAGCAGUGGGCGUGCAGGAAGGACUUGCUUCGGCUUCAACUACCCUCUAAAUAUCUUCGGUUCAAUCUAGUAUCCUAAUGACUGUUUAAUUACUUCCAAUAUCGUAAUAGGUUUACUGGCCCAAUCAGCAACUCUACCUUAAUACAUACACAUAUAAGGAAUGUUUUGGUUGGGUUUUAUGAUCAUCUGUUUGAUUUAUUAGGCCUUUUGUUUGGGGUGUCUCUGGAUUAAAUUUUGGUUUGAUUGUUGUCGCUUGUUCUCUCUCUGUCUUUAAGGAA